AAUCGUGCUUCUCGGAGUUUGCGUUGCGUGUCCAAACUCCUUUUUUUAAGCAAAACAAAACAACUGCAAGUCUGCAACAACAAUGGCGGACCAUCCCACACACACGUGAUUCCUCCUCUUCUCUCUCGCUCGAUCCUUGACUAAGUGCUCUACUGAGCUUACCAUGUCCGAAUUCGAACUGUUUCUCUGAAAUUCCCCAACCAAUUCAAGAGUACAACACCCGAUCAUGAUGGCUCGGAGGGUCUGGCAGAAGUUCGCCGGCGCCUCCUUCCGCCGCCGUCUGUCUCCAACUCAUGCGUGCGCCUCAAGAGCUCCGGCGAUAUUACCGGCGAUGGAGGUUUAUGAGGAGAAGUGCCGUCCGUUUCUACCGUUCUGUUCCCAGCCCCGUUUUCAUGGAACCGCUUCGGCGUCGUUUCGCAUCUCCGGUUACUGCUCCGAGCCCAGGAUUUCACAUUUUGUGAAGAGAUGUUGCUAUUCCAGUCAUGCCGUGGCUGAUCUUCCAGAAGGCGGUGGUGUUGUUGAUGUACCACUGGCACAGACCGGCGAGGGCAUUGCGGAGUGUGAGCUCCUCAAAUGGUUUGUGCAAGAGGGGGAGAAUGUUGACGAAUUUCAACCACUUUGUGAAGUUCAGAGUGACAAAGCGACCAUUGAAAUAACGAGUCGUUACAAAGGAAAAGUUGCUCGGAUUUUUUAUGUUCCCGGUGAUAUUGUAAAGGUUGGAGAAACGCUUUUAAAAAUGGCCGUUGAGGAAUUUCAAGUUCAAACGCAUUCUGGCAAGGAUUUUGAAAGUAUUGAGGCAACAGACACUGAUAAAAAAGAACAUAACGCCGACGGAGUUUUAUCAACUCCUGCUGUUAGGGGUCUUGCAAAGCAAUAUGGCGUCAACAUAAAUGAUGUUCUUGGAACUGGAAAAGGUGGGAGAGUAUUAAAAGACGAUCUCCUCAAGUAUGCUGUAGAGAAGGGCAUCUUGGAGGAUUCUUCUUCCUCUUCUUGUGCAGAUUGUGAGCACGUUUUGGGUGGACAUGAGAGUUAUGUGCAUGCCUCAGCUGGAGUUGGACAGAAUUAUGAGGAUCAGACAGUUUCUUUGAGGGGAUUCCAGCGUAAAAUGGUUCAAUCUAUGAGCUUGGCUGCAAAAGUUCCACAUUUUCACUACGUUGAAGAUAUAAACUGCGAUGCACUUGUGGAGCUUAAAGGAGCUUUCCAACACAAUAAUUCCGACCCAAAUGUCAAGCACACUUUCCUUCCAGUCUUGAUAAAGUCACUUUCAGUGGCCCUGAGUAAAUUUCCCUCAAUGAAUAGUUGCUUCAAUGAGGAAUCACUUGAGGUCGUUCUUAAAGGUUCUCAUAAUAUAGGAGUUGCCAUGGCUACGCCAUACGGUCUGGUCGUGCCAAACAUAAAGAAUGUUCAGUCCCUUUCCAUUAUGGAGAUAACAAAGGAACUUUCAAGGUUGCAAAAACUGGCAUCAGAUAACAAGCUUAGUCGUGUGGACAUAUGCGGUGGAACAAUUACUUUAAGUAACAUUGGAGCAAUUGGUGGAAAGUUUGGUUCCCCUCUUCUCAACUUGCCUGAGGUCUCCAUUAUUGCCCUUGGAAGAAUUCAAAAAGUCCCACAUUUUGCAGAUGAUGGAAAUGUAUACCCAGCAUCAAUAAUGACGGUUAAUAUAGGUGCGGAUCAUAGAGUACUGGAUGGAGCAACAGUUGCAAGAUUUUGCUGCGAGUGGAAAAAGUUAAUUGAGAAACCGGAAUUGCUUAUGUUGCACCUAAGAUGACUAUCCAUAACUUGUAAAAAUCACUUGUAUAUGAUAUCUUAUCUAAAUGGAAAUAUAAAGUUAAUUGAAAUGGAAAUCAUUGUCGUCCAACAAA